CAAGGCAGAACAAAGCUCAUUCUCUUUCAUCAUCUCAUUUUACUGUUUUCUCAGCGCCAGGAAGGAAUUAAAGUAAGCAGAAUAAAUCCAAGUUACUUGUGGGUUGUUAGUCUGUAAUCUCUGUCUCAUCUAAGAUCCUCCCUCACACACCACACAGUAUAAAAGCAUCACUGCUAUCACAGGGUCUGUAGUUGCCACAGAGCUGAUUUUAAGUAGCUGUUCACCACCAGCAAGGCAAGAAACAAACCAGCGAAGCAGCCAUGGACAACAAGAUCACAUUCUCCCUCCUGCUGCUUACUCUCACAGGCGUCUGUCAAGAGUCACUUCUGGGUGGAGAGUUGCGGUGUCACUGUCUCCAGACUGUCUCGGGUUUGAUAUCACCAAAGCACUUGUUACAUGUGGAAAUCAUCCCCAAAGGCCCACAGUGCGGCACCGUGGAAGUCAUUGCGACACUGAAGACGAGCCAGCAAAUCUGUUUGGAUCCCGAGGCCAAAUGGGUGAAGAUGAUCAUUAACAGGAUUUUACGCAGCUCAUCCGGCAGACUGCGCAAAUAGGAAAAGCAGAGAUAAUGCAUCUAACCCCAUGCAGAAUUCUCAGCCAUGAUGUAUCUCCAAGGGCCAGGCUGUUCAUAGUUUGUUUUACUCUUUCAUUCUCUGUCCACACUGACUCAUCCCAUAUACAGACUGCUAGUUUGAGAAAGGAAGCUGCUGGAGUAAAUAUACCUUCACACUACCAGGAGACUUGUGAGUUUUAUGGCAUGAUCAUGCUGCGUGCUUUUCUGUGGAGGCACUUGGAGCUGAAUCCUGGGCUCAGUACAGUCAACAGGAACACUCUCAUUGAUUUCGAAGGGUCAAGGAUUUGGCUGUUAUUGAAUUGGCCUUUAAAGCAAUGCCAUCUGUGAAUUUCACGUUGAAAAGCUGUGCAGUGUCACAUUUAUUCGUGCAAGAGGGCUUUCAUAAUCACAGAAAAAAGAAUGAAGCAAAAGUACACCUUGGAGUGUCCCAGAAUGCAAAAAAGAGUUUGUGUUUAUUAAUACAAUACGGUUAAUAGCAAGAAGCCAUGUCACUGACUGUGAAACAAUUGCACUAUUUAGAAUGUCUUCAGUAUUUUAAAUGCUGAACUCUUGAUUUUAUACGCAUUAUCUUUAUCACUAGCCAUAAAACUGCACACCAAUAAAACCAGUAAUUCUAUUUUUAUCAUGACACGUCUCUGUCAUUUUCAUGUAGUGCGCUGUCACACUUUAAGAUGUCAGCCAGGGUGAAGAUGGUUUUUAUACUCCCCCCGCUCUUUUACUUCUGAAAGUUUGUAUUAGUGGUUGUUAUAAUAUUUUUAUA